AUGCCGCAGCUUCCGAGACUACCACGCGAGCUUAUCGGCCUCAUAAUCUCAUCACUCAUCGCCCUUUAUGACCACGACCCAGCCUACCAAUUGACAUACCUACGCCAUAUAACGCGCCACCACAAAGCACAUCUUGAGCAACACUUCCUCAACUUUUGGGUUCCCAAGCUGUCAAUCGAAACCGGGGACUAUCACCGCUCACCUGCCUCUGCCGAAUUCCAAGCUCUCAAUCAACCUUGGAAUGGUGCCUAUUCAGCGGCAGCCUGCUCCAGCGCUUUCCGAUCACACUCGCAAACAGCCUCACGCUCAACUUUCUUGCCCUUGUUGAGGUGCGCGUGCUGCUUGAAGCCAUCCCUUCGUUCGGGGCUCCAGGCUGCCGCGUCUUUGCCGACAUACGACCAGAGCUUUACCAGAAGGAAUGAGGCUGCAGACACCAUAACCUUUACAGAGAUGUGGGGUCUUCGUCUAUUGGACCCAUGGGAGCAAUUCGACUUGAACGUCAUUGUGCGGUUCAGCGAAGGUACACUGAAUAAACGCUAUACAAAAGGCGGUAUGAGGAACGACAUCAUCAUCCCCGGAUUUUCGAUCAAUGUUGAUACCUCGCCCUGGGAAUUCUCAUUUGAUUGGAAAGCGCUCUUUACCCGGCUCUUCACUGAAGAAAUGGCCAUGCGGACGCUUCGGGACAAGCUUCUCGAGGCAUUCGUCCUGAUCUUGGAAGAAGAGAAUAUGAGUCCAGAGCUGAGGAGAUCAGCUAUUCACCGUCACCUGCGUAACCACUUCUAUGACCAACGGAGGACUGUGCUUGCCGCUUACCAUAUUCUUGCAGCCUCGAACAAGGCCGUGGACGAUUUGCUGGAUUACAUUCUGAAGGGCAGUGAGUCUGUGGGCAUGUUCGGUGCGACCGACAGUACGCUGUCGCGACGACGGCAGAUCAUGGAGUGGAUACGAGAUCGUGCUGGACCAGGACUCGACGUUUUAUUCGUCGAGAGCGACCCUUUGACUUCACACCCUAUGUUUACAGAGGCGGAGAGAAGCUUUACGGUGAUCAAUUUGAUCAUUUUGAUGAGCUCGACAUCGAAGAGAGUAUGGUGUUUCAAAUCCCCAAUUGGGAGUCUUUAG